AUGCGCAAUCUCUUCAUUUUAAACAAGGGUGGCUUUCAACCUCAAGGCAUAACCCAUGAUAAUUUAAGUGUUUUGGAAAGCUCUUUUGAUACCAUAACAGAUAGCAUCACUGUUGUAUUAGGUUCUUUGGAUAUUGGUGUUAUUGAAGUCCAGAAGUUUGCAAAAGAUGGUACAAACACUAUCCUAGCUAGUUUUAAUCUAGAAACAUUUGACGAUGAAAUAAUUAGCUUUAUUAAUUUUGCAGAUUCAAACAAAUUAGUAUUCAUUUUCGGUAAGGGCGAUAUAAUUACAGCAACUUAUGACCCAUAUACUAUGGACUAUCAAGAUACAGUUGUAGAGAUUGUUGGUUCCAUUGAUAAUGGCAUAAAACAAGCCCAAUGGUCCUACGAUGAAGAAACUCUAGUUUUGGUCAGUAAAGAAAAUAAAGUUAUUUUGUUGAGCAGGGACUUUAGUCCAAUAAACGAAGUUGUGUUAGAUACACAAGAUUUGAAAAAGUCAAAACAUAUUUCUGUAGGUUGGGGUAAAAAGGAGACUCAGUUCAGGGGGAAAGGGGCACGUGCUAUGGAAAGAGAAGCUUUGAAAAGCUUGAAAGCUGGUGGCUUAAUUGGUAAUAAAAUUAGAGAUCCAACAAUGCCAUAUAUGGUUGACAAAGGUAUGAUUACUGACUUUGACAGACAGACAGGUCAAAACGUGGAAAUUUCUUGGAGAGGCGAUUGUGAAUAUUUUGCUGUUUCUACCGUUGAUAUUGUCGUUGAUCCAGAUGAUGAAACCAAAACAAUUGAAAGAAGAGCAUUAAGAAUUUAUACAAGAGGCGGAGAGUUAGAUGCUGCUUCCGAACCUGUUGAUGGAAUGGAGCAACAUUUAGCCUGGAAACCUCAAGGUUCCUUAAUUGCAUCUGUUCAAAGAAAAAUGUUACCACAAGAUUAUAUUGAAGAAGAAGGAGAACCUGAAAGUAACGAGAAGAGCUUAUCUCUCAUUUUUUUUGAAAGAAACGGGUUAAGACACGGUGAAUUUGAUACGAGAUUACCAUGGGAUCAAAAAAUUAAGAAAUUAUUAUGGAAUUGUAAUAGUGAAAUUUUAUCCAUUUGCUUAGAAGACAAAAUUCAGUUUUGGACAACGAAAAACUAUCAUUGGUAUUUGAAACAGGAAAUUUAUACACCUGAAUGGAAAUUUGCUAAAUGGCACCCGGAAAAAGAUUUCACAUUAAUGUAUGCUGAUUGCAAUGGUAUCAAUGUUUUAUCACUUGCCUACAAAAUCACACAUGGCCCAACAAUAGCUCCAAAUAAUGAUUAUGGUACGGUUGCUGUAGUUGAUGGCACCACAGUCAACAUCACUCCCUUCGCCAUAGCCAACGUUCCACCUCCAAUUUAUUUUAGAGAUUUUGAAGUCAAAGAUAAUAUUGUAGACGUGGCUAUCAGUUUAUCAAAUGAAAUAUAUGCCGUUUUAACUUCAUCUGGUAUUGUUAUAGGCAAAGUGGAAAGUAUGAAUUCUAUGCAAAAGAAUGGCGAACAUCCAAGUAUUGUUUGUGAGUUUUCUAGGGAUAACUUCGCUUCUGAUAUUGACAUUUUACGUCAAAUCGCUUUUGUCGAGGAUAAUAUGCUUGGUGUUUUAUUAGAUUCAAACAAUUUGUCCCACAUUGCUUUAAUAGACUUGAACAACUUGGAAUCCCCAUCUUUAUCAAGCGUUGUCGAGACUUUUGGGAAAGUUUUAUUAUUAAAAACCUCCUUUGACUACAAAAGCUUGGUUUAUGAAGCUAACGAUUGUACCGUUUCCGAAUUAAAUACAACUACAGGCCAGAUUACUGAAAUUACCAAGUUUCCACAAAUAGUGAUUGAUUUGAGAUUUAAAAAUAUUAGUUCAGACGAGAAUACUAUGGAAUACAGAGAUACCGAUGGGUUAGUUGCGUUUGGACUAGCUGCCAAUGGUAAAUUAUAUGCAAACGAUGUACUCUUGACCUCUGCUGUAACUUCUAUGGAAAUCACUGAUAAAUUAUUACUAUUUACCACUGCUCAGCAUAAUCUACAGUUUGUGCAUUUAAACACUGCUAAUUUCAAACCUUUACCGGUGGUGGAUGAAAAUGUUUCUGAUGAAAGGGUUCGUUCUAUCGAAAGGGGUUCCAUCUUGGUUUCUGUCAUCCCAUCCAAAUCAGCUGUUGUUUUACAGGCUCCACGAGGUAACGUUGAAACCAUAUAUCCUAGGAUCAUGGUUUUAUCAGGCGUUCGUCAAGAUAUUUUGCACAAAAAUUAUAAAUCUGCGUUUAUCACAUGUCGUACUCAUAGAAUCAAUUUAGAUAUACUACACGAUUACGACACUGCAUUGUUUUAUGACAAUUUAGAACAUUUUAUUAAUGACAUUGGUAGGGUUGAUUAUUUGGAUUUGUUUAUAUCUUGUUUAUGCGAAGAGGAUGUUGCCCAAACCAAAUACAAAGAAACAAUUAAUUCUGUUCAAGAUGCCAGCUUCGGCGUUGUUCCCGCUCCUCCAACGGAAAUGGAAUUGUACAUCAAAAACAAAUUUUUCGAUUCCAGUAAAUCUAAAGUGAACAAAAUUUGUAAAGCGAUGCUAGAAGUUUUUUUGAGUAAAAAAGAAUAUAUGACUAAAUAUUUGCAGCCAAUAAUAACAGCUUAUGCAUGCCAAAAACCACCUGACUUGAAAAGUGCUUUAGCACUAAUUGAAGAUAUAUCAGAUGAACAAGAAAAAGAUUCCAUGGUUACGUACAUUUGUUUCUUACAAGAUGUUAAUGUAGUUUAUAAGGUGGCGUUAUCACUAUAUGAUGUUGGCUUAUCUUUAGCAAUUGCACAAAAAUCACAACUAGACCCUAAAGAGUAUUUACCAUUUUUACAAACUUUGCAAGAUGCUACUGAGCCACGUAGAAAAUUCAUGAUCGAUGACCACUUGGAAAACUACGAUUUGGCUCUAACUCAUUUGGUCAGUGUUGAAGCUGAUGAAAAGGUGGCGUCCGAGGAGGUUAUUGAUUACAUCCAGGUUCACGAGUUAUUUAAAUUUGCUCUUGGUUUAUUUCGUCACAAUGAAGCUAAGCAAAACCAAAUUUACUCCAUUUAUGCCGAUAAAUUGGUGGCCACCCAACAAUAUGCUGAAGCAGCUAUUAUCUAUGAAAUGUUAGAUAAAUUUCACGAUAGUAUGGAUGCUUUUGUUUCUGGAAAAAGAUGGAAGGAGGCGUUGUCGAUUGCAGUUACACAUUUCCCCAAAGACGUGAAGGAUAUUGCCGAGAGCUUGGUUACCGCAUUAAACUAUGAACAUAAAUAUGGGGAAUCUGCCCAAAUUGAAUUAAAAUACUUGAAGAAUAUAAAGGAAUCAGUUAGAUUAUUUUGCAAAUCUUAUAAUUUCGAUGAAUCCAUUUUAGUUUGCUGUACUGAAAAUCGUAAAGAACUAAUUGAAGAACUUGUAGACCCUGGUUUGGAUGAAGCCUUUGGGAUAAUCGCAGAAUUAUUGGCCGAUUGUAAGGGUCAAGUAAACUCUCAAUUGAAGAGAUUGAGAGAAUUACGUGAAAAGAAAUCACAGGACCCAUAUGCGUUUUAUGGCCAGGAGGGUGAUCAGGCAGAUGAUGUUUCCAUUGCACCAUCGGAAACAUCUACCAAGGAAUCUUUUUUCACCAGAUAUACUGGAAAAACUGGUGGAACCGCCAAAACAGGUGUUUCCAGGCGUACAGCCAAGAACAAACGUCGUGAAGAACGUAAACGUGCCCGUGGGAAGAAAGGUACUAUUUAUGAAGAAGAAUAUUUGAUUAGAUCCAUUGGUAGAUUGGUAGAAAGGGUAACACAAACAGAACAGGAUGCCAUUAAAACAAUUGAAGGAUUAUUAAGACGACACAAGAUUGAACAGGCUUAUCAAAUCCAAAAGAAUUUUAUAGAAGUCUUGGACUUGUUGAGAGCUAAUAUUACUGAAAUUUACAAUCUUGAUGAAAAAGACAGAGAAAGAAUUGAUGAAAACGGAGAGGUUUAUCAUAUUCCUGAAAUACCCGUCCCUGAAAUCAAAGAAUUUCCUAAAUUAUGUGCUAUCGACUUUUAA